CUGAGAGGGACCAUUCCCUUGUUCCAAUCCAUUUCUAGUGUCUCCAAACCAGGCUCCAGCUGCAUUCCUUGCUGGGGAAAAAGGUGGAGGAAGAAGGAGACCCUAUCACUGUCGUUCUUUUGGCUCUUUUUGAAGUGGGAUCAGCUGGAGAUGAAAGUAGAAGACUCAGCUGGUCAUAAAAACCGAGAAGAACUUGAUCACAUGGAGGUUGGGAAGAGCGAGGAAAAAACGGAGACAUCCCCAGUCAGAGACACCCACAACUCAGACGUGCAGAGCCAGCGUUUCAAGGAGAUUGCUUCCUGGGAAGAUGAGGUGCCUGAGCCAGUGUGUAGCCAACUUUAUGAUCUUUGCCAUCAGUGGCUGAAGUCAGGAAAAGAUAUCAAGAUGGAGAUCCUGGACCUGGUGGUUCGAGAACAGUUCCUGACUGUCCUUCCACCAGAAAUGGAGAGUUGGGUCAGAGAAAGCAAACCACAAUCCACUUCUCAGGCAGUGGCCCUGGCUGAAGGUUUCCUUUUGGCCCAGGCAGCAGACAAGAAGGAGUCGGACCCUGUGACCUUUGAGGACAUUGCUGUACCUUUCACGGAGGAGGAGUGGGCUCUGCUGGAUCCAGACCAAAGGGCUCUGCACAAGGAAGUCAUGGAGGAGAAUCUGGCCAAUGUGAUGUCUCUGGUUCCUGAGGUGAGAGGAAGGAAGAAUGAGGAAGAACUGCAUAGGGGAUGCUUGAAAAGAGUCAUUGGUAAAGAAAAGAAAGAAAAGAAACAGAAAAGUGAACUAAAACAGAAGAGAAGUGAUGAUACCUUUACUUCUUUCCAUGAAGUCCCACUUGCAGAAAAGGCAGGCAAAAGCAAGGAAAGAAAUAAGUCACCCUUGUGUAGUAAAGGCUUCAUUUCUAAAGCCAGUCUAAAUGCUCAGUGGAGAAUGCUCAGUGGAAAAUGUUCAGAAGCCACCAAGAGUAUUUCUGAUCAUUCAACUAUUGAAAUAGAUCAAAGAAUCCACACAGAGGAGAAACCAAAUAAAUGUUCUCAGUGUGAGAAAAGCUUUGGGCAGAGCACCCAGCUGGCUCGCCAUAUGAGAAUACACACAGGAGAGAAGCCAUUUAAAUGUUUGAAAUGUGGAAAGAGCUUCCGCCACAGCACAAGCCUUACUUCUCAUGUGAGAAUCCACACAGGGGAGAAACCAUUUCAGUGCCUGGAAUGUGGGAAGAGUUUCAGUGAUAGAAGCAGUCUUUCUUUCCAUAUGAAAAUCCACACAGGGGAGAAACCAUUUAAAUGCUUGGAGUGUGGAAAAACCUUCAAUCAGACCACACAGCUUGCUCGCCAUAUGAGGAUCCACACUGGGGAGAAGCCAUUUAAAUGCUUGGAGUGUGGAAAGAACUUUAGAUGGAGCACAGACCUCACAUCCCAUAUGAGAACCCACACUGGGGAGAAACCAUAUAAAUGCUUCGAGUGUGGAAAAAGCUUCACUCAGAGUGCACCGCUGGCUUCCCAUGUGAGAAGUCAUUCAGGAGAGAAACCAUUUAAGUGUUUGGAAUGCGGGAAGGGCUUUAGUCGGAGCACAACCCUCACUUCCCACUCAAGAAGUCACACGGGGGAGAAACCAUUUAAAUGCUCUGAGUGUCCAAAGAGCUUCCGACAGAGUACCCAGCUUACUCGCCAUAUGAGGAUCCACACAGGAGAGAAACCAUUUCAAUGCUUGGAAUGUGAAAAAAGCUUCAGACAGAGCACAGACCUUGCUUCCCAUACCAGAAUUCACACUGGGGAGAAGCCCUUUAAAUGCCUGGAAUGCGGAAAAAGCUUCAGUGACAGAAGUGCCUUCAGUUGCCAUCAAAAAAUCCAUACUGGUCAAAAGCCAUUUAAAUGCUUGGAAUGUGGGAAAUGUUUUAGUCGAGGCUCACAUCUUGAUUCUCAUAUGAGAAUGCACACUGGGGAGAAACCAUUUAGAUGUUUGGAAUGUGGAAAGAACUUCAGCCGAAACACAAACCUUAGCUCCCAUAUGAAAAUCCACACGGGAGAGAAACCAUUUCAGUGCUUGGAAUGUGGAAAGAGCUUCCGUCGGGGCACAGGCCUUACUUCUCACAUGAAAAUUCACACAGGGGAAAAACUGCUUAAAUGCCUGGAAAGUAAGAAGACCUGUAGGGACAGCACAAGUCUUCUUUUACAUCAGAUAAGACUGCAGAGUCCACCAGAUACCAGAGAGAGGCCACUGUUCCUGAGGAUCCUGGAGGAGAACGGUGUGGGAAUCAAUGCUCAGGGUGUUCAGCUGAUGCCAGGGACACAUCCUUGCUCACCUCUUCCUUGUGAAGAAAUGGAAACAGCUUCCAUGCCAGGAGUUCAGGGUUCAGUGACCUUUGAGGAUGUUGCUGUGUAUUUCACGGAGGAGGAGUGGGCUCUACUGGAUCCGGACCAAAGAGCUCUGCACAGCAAUGUCAUGGAGGAUAAUCUGGCCAAUGUGACAUCAUUGAUUUCUGAGAUGAGAGAGAUCUGGAACGGGAAACAGCUACAUAGAGGAUGCUUGGAAGGAGAAAGUGAGAAAGAGGGAGAACGACAGAAAAAGAAAAGUGAAGCAAAUAACAGAAGAAGAAAUGAAUCUUUUGCAUCAGCAGGUGAUAAUUUGUACAAAAACUUGCACCAUGAAAGAAAAAAGAAUAGUAAAAGCAAGCAAAGAUAUGUGUGCUUUUUGUGUAGGAAAAACUUCAGUUGUAAAGCAAGUCGAAAUGCUCAUAUGAACAUCCACAAAGGGCGUAAAGUACUGAAAUGUUCUGAAUGCAGUAAGAGUUUCUGGGAUAAUUCAAGCCUUGAAAAACACGAAAGAAUUCACAAAAGAGGCAAACCAUUUAAAUGCUAUGACUGUGGAAAGAGCUUCAAUCGGACCUCAUACCUUAUUUCCCAUAUAAGAGUCCACACUGGGGAGAAACCAUUUAAAUGUUCAGAAUGUGGGAGGAGUUUCAAUAGCAGCACAAACCUUACCUCCCAUAUGAGAACCCACACAGGGGAGAAACCAUUUGCAUGUUCAGUAUGUGAAAAGACUUUUCGUAGCAGUGCAACUCUUGUUAUCCAUAUGAGAAUCCACACAGGAGAAAAACCCUUUAAAUGCUUGGAAUGUGGAAAGUGCUUCAGUACAGUGGGACACUUAGCUCGCCAUAUGAGAGCCCAUAGAGGGGAAAAGCCAUUUAAGUGCUUGGAAUGCGGAAAGAGCUUCAGUCAGAGAACUCGGCUCACAUCCCAUACAAAAAUCCACAAAGAAGGGAAACCAUUUCACUGCUUGGUGUGUGGAAGGAAAUUCCGUCAGGGCACAAGCCUUGCUUCCCAUAUGAACAUUCAUGCCAAGGGGAGGCCAUUUAAAUGUUUGGAAUGUGGAAAGAGUUAUAGGUAUAGCACAUACCUUGUUUCCCAUAUGAAAGUCCACACUGAGAAGAAACUGUUUAAAUGUUUGGAAUGUGGGAAGACAUUCUGUGAGGGUGCACACCUUACUUGCCAUAUGAAGGUGCACAGUGUGGAGAAACCAUUUAUGUGCUCAGAAUGUGGAAAGGGCUUUGUUCAGAGCAGAGGCCUUGCAUCCCAUAUGAAAAUCCAUACACAGGCGAAACCCCUUAAAUGCUUGGAAUGUGGGAAAAGCUUCAGGCAGAAGACAGACCUUACUUCUCAUACGAGAGUCCACACAGGAGAGAAACCAUUUAAAUGCCCAGAAUGUGGAAAGAAUUUCAGUCAAAGUUCAGGCCUUAUUUGCCACAUGAGAAUCCACACAGGGGAGAAACCAUUUCAUUGUUCAGAAUGUGGAAAGAGUUUCCGUCAGAGCACAACCCUGGCUUCCCAUAUGAGAACCCACUCGGGGGAGAAACCAUUUAAAUGUCUGGAAUGUGGGAAGUGCUUCAUCCAGAGCACGCACCUUGCCUGCCAUAUGAGAAUCCACACUGGGGAGAAACCGUUUCAAUGUCUGGAAUGUGGGAAGAGUUUCCGUCAGGAGGCAACCCUUACUUUCCAUACAGGAACCCACACGAGGGACCAAGAGUUGAAAUGCCUAGAAUGUGGAAAGAGCUUCCGUUACAGCUGGCACCUGACUUCCCAUAUGAAAAAGCACACUCGAGGGAAACCACUUUAAUGUUUGCAAUACUGAAAGAGCUUCAACACUGGUAGGAUGCCAGUUCAGUGUUUGUGGUCAAGAGUUUCAGUCUGAUCUCACACCUUGCUUUACUGCAGAUCACCCACAGAGGGAAGAGGCAAUUUAAAUGCUGUGAGACACUUUGGGAAAAGAUGGUGGAUGGCUGCCUUUCAUUGUACAAACAAAAAUCCAUCAGUGAUACCUUUAUUGGCCAAUUGAAAUGCACAAUACACUUGCUGCAUACUUUCGAAGCUCCAUGGGCUUCUUCAUCAGGCAAGAUGUUACAAACCAAACAGGAGAAAAAAAAACCAAUUGGAGAUGUUAAGUCAGAUGCCUGUAUGUUGUUUCAGUCCUUAGUAAAGAUGGUAGACAGGGAAGGAUAUCUUUUGCAGUCAGGUUCCUUCUCCUGGCCAUGCAACAAUAGGGAAAUUUUCAAAGUCCAGGAAAUUUAAAGUCUGUUUGCAUCUCAACAGGGAUCCCUCUUUUGCAAACAAUAUGUCUCCAUUCCAGUGAGAUCACAGGCCUCUUUGUAGGCAGAGAACAAUUGGAUUCCGCAGGAAGUCUCCAUGGUUUUGCAGCAGGAACAUUUUGCUGAUGAAAUGGUAAAACAUAUGAAUUCAUUGUGUUAGUGUAUUUGUCUGCCUGCUGUUGGAAGCUUGUUUCUCCCCCCAUUUCUUAACUCACUUCAGUUCUUCCAUCCUUCUACCUUUCCUGGGAUUACUGAACAGUCUCCCCAAAGCAAUGACAAGAAGAAGCUUCACCCUUGCUUCUCUUCAGUGGAAGAAAAGAGAGCUAUCUGGCAUGACUUGGAGAGCUCAGGACUUAAUAAACUGCAAAGAGAGAAGAAGGAAGUCCAUGUAAGCAUCCUUCUAAGGAAAUAAGUCAUCUAGUUGACAAAGCAUCUCAUUCCUCCCAUUGAAUAUUCUUCAUGGAUUUGGAGUUUGAUUUGCAGGAAAUGAGGUUGUUAAUAGCUGCACAACAGAAAUAAUAUGGUUUGAUACUUUUACUGUUAUGGCUCCAUGCUGUGGAAUCGUGGGAUUUGUAGUUGGAUGGGGCACCAGAGCUCUCCAAAAGAAAAGGGUAAAUAUCUCACAAAGCUAUAAACCCCAGAAUUCCAUAGUAUGCAGCCAUGGCAAUUAAAGCUGUGUCAAACUACAUUAUUAAUUUAUUUCUUGGUUUGUUUAUUUUAACAUCAUAAUUUUACAAAUUCAUUAACAUCUAUAAGGCAUAAACAACAAUCAUACAACAGAAACACAAAAACCAUAUAAAACAGUCAAACAACUACUAUUACAGGUACAUAAACACUACUUCCAACUAGUUUCCCUGGAUUUCUGGGAUUCAAUAAGCCUAUUUCAUCACCUUCUGGCUAAGCAUAAAUUCCAUCAUGUCAUUACAGUGUGUCAAAGACAAAAAGUUAUUAGCAGUGUUUCUAAAAAAAUUUUUUUUUCAAAACUUCAUCACAAUAUCCAAUCACCAAAGAACAAUCAUAGAAUCGUAGAGUUGGAAGAGACCACAAGGGCCAUCCAGUCCAACCCCAUUCUGCCAUGCAGGAACUCUCACUCAAAGCAUCCCCAACAGAUGGCCAUCCAGCCUCUGUUUAAAAACCUCCAAAGAAGGAGACACCACUAGACUCUGAAGGAGGGUAUUCCACUGUCAAACAGCCCUUACUGGCAAAGUGACCAUUGUGCAACAGGAUCAGUGCACAACAGAAUAUGUAUCACAUCAGUCCUGCUGCAUAUUGAGCACCAAUUUACAUUGAGCAAGCUUCCUAAUGCCCUGUCAUUCGUCUUUGCAAGGUUAUUCUUAGAGUAUCAUACUCCCAGACUUGCUGUGGACAACAAAAUUCACAGAGUAGCAAACCCUAUUUGAAUGAACAAUUUCCUGCAGAAGUUGACCAUAGAGCGAUGCAGGAAGAUUCCUAGAGAUAACACCCCUCUAGGCAUUUCUAGUGUGACUCUUACCUCCACUGGAAGCGCACCAUAGAAUUGCAGUAGAGGACUUAGAAAAUACUAUAGAAAACAUUUUUGGUUGGGGGGGCAGUGCAAGGCAUCACAAGGGACCUGUAGCUCUUCACAGAUAGGUGAAAUAAUGGAUACUGGAUGCAUGGAUACAGGGGAUCUAGUGCAUAGGUAAAGUUACAUAACACAGAUGGUGAUAUAGGAUUCCAGCAAUUGUUUUUAACAGCCCUGCUCAAGUCUUGAUCACUCAGUGCAGUGUGGCUUCCUUGAUUUGAGUCAAUCCAUCUGUAAUGUUUUCUUUUUUUCCAUCUACUGCUUCCAGCUUUUUCCAGAAUUAUUGUCUUUUCUAGCAAGUCCUGCUUUUCUCAUGAUGUACAGUACAAUUUUCUCAAACUACAGUACAAUUGGAUCAUUUUGGUUUCCAGUGAAAGGCUUGAUUUGCUCUCAGACCUAUUAGCAGUCCAUGGCAUCCAUAAUCCUCCUCCAGAAAUACAUUUUAUUUUAUUUUAUUUUUAAAAAGACUCAAAAAUGGGCAUGCCAGCAUGGUUGUUAUCAACUAUAAAAACCUAGGACAGAGAAGUUGGAGCUGUGAGGCACCCACAGACCAUGGUUUUUAUUGUCACAUUUUGGCCAAGAGGUUUGCAAGAGACAUUAAACCAACUGUGAAGAGUAGGUAAGGUCCUUUCCUUAUUUGUGGUGCCCAGAACUGGACAGAGUAUUCCAGAUGAGACCUUAUCCAAACAAAAGAUCUCUUGAACUGGGUAUUCGUUCCCAGCUGUGCUGUCUGCGCAAACUAUAUAGGAAGAGUCGUUACUUCACCAGACUGCAAACCCAUUUGAAUCCCUGCUAGGAUCAUUUCAUUGGCAAAAAAAUAAAUUAAAAAAUUAUCUAUACAAACAAAUCAAUCAACGAAAUAGGAAUAUUUAUUCAGGAGAAAAAUGUAAAAGUAACAGAUAUUGACAGUGAUUCUCACUGGAAAUACCCUGGA